AUGGCUAUUGAGCAUGACCAUCUUGACAUUGGCUCUAGAUCCAGUAGUCCAAGUAGGCAGUAUGAUGACCCGGCUAAGAAAAAGGCUGAUCUUGAUAUGCAGGAAGAACAAUUGAGGAGAGGAUUGGUUGUGAUGGAGGAAGUCACUAAAGCAAGAAAUGAAGGAAGAAAAUUUACUGUCAAGUGGAACAAUAAGAAUCAAGUAGUUGACAGUCAUAACUGUAUCAGUUAUAUUGGUGUGGCAGCGAAGUCCUUAGUGCCUAUUACUUUAAAAUCUUGGAAGAAUGCAACUCCAGCAAUGAAGGAUGCAGUGUGGAGAACUUUAACAUCAGGAUUUGAGAUUGAGGAGAGGCACAAGAAAAGUUUUGUUACCCGUAAAUUUUUUACAAACCCUGACAUAGAGGGUAUCGAAGAUACAAUUCCUUCCCUCAUUUCGACAAUUGUGAAUGAGGAUGAAUGGAAAGCUUUUGUCAACUCACGUCGCAAUCCAGAGUUCAAGGCAUUAAGCGCCAAAAAUAAAGAGUUCACGAAAAAGAAUGAAUAUACAUAUAAGGCUGGAUGCAAGGGAUAUGCGGGAAUUGAAAAGGGUUUGAUUGAGAAAGAGCAAGCGUCGGAGGGUUCUAUAUCCCGUGGCAGGAUUUGGGCUAAGGCUCGAAAAAAUAAAGCAGGCAAUAUUGACAACCCAAAAACAAAAGCGGUUGUUGAAACAAUAGAGGCAUUAGCAGGCACUCAAACUAUUGAUGAGGAUAUAUUGGAGAAGGCAUUGGGGAAUACUAACCAUCCUGGUCGUGUUCGGGGCGUUGGCUUUGGAGUUACAAGAAAAGAAUACUUUGGUGAUGCGUUCAAGCGUGGUAAAAAGGCUGCUUCUUCUGCUGAGGUUCAAGAGUUGAGGCAAAGAGCUAGUGGAACAGAAGUAGCAGAUACUAGCACAAUCACAACAGAUACAAGAACAAUCUAG